AUGGUGACUCCAGUCCGCCAUAUGUCAGCGGACUUCAAUAUCACCACCGCAGAGCUGAAGAACCUGAUGCAAUUUCGAAAGAAAGAAGCCGUGGACAAAAUAAGGGAAUUAUAUGGUGACAUCUUUGAAAUCUGUAAACGGCUGAAAACAUCUCCUACCAGUGGAAUCCAUGGAUCCAAAUCAGAGAUAGACCUUAGGAAAUCUGUGUUUGGGAAGAACUUUAUACCCCCUAAAGAGCCCCUAACCUUCCUUGAACUGAUAUGGGAAGCGCUGCAAGAUAUGACGUUGUGUAUCUUGGAAAUUGCAGCCCUCAUAUCACUGGGACUUUCAUUUUACCGUCCCCCGGGGGAGAGACUUAUGACGUGUCAUUCGCAGGAAAUUGAGGAAGAAGAGGAAGGGAACACUGACUGGAUUGAAGGCGCCGCCAUUCUUCUCUCCGUGAUUUGUGUGGUCCUGGUAACAGCUUUCAAUGACUGGAGCAAAGAAAAACAAUUCAGGGGGCUGCAGCAUCGCAUUGAAAAGGAACAAAGGGUUACCGUCAUCAGGAAUGGGGAAUUAAUACAGGUGCCAGUAAUUGACUUAGUGGUUGGGGAUGUCGCACAAAUCAAAUAUGGUGAUCUUCUACCAGCUGAUGGACUGCUCCUCCAAGGGUAUGAUCUAAAACUGGAUGAGAGCUCCCUUACCGGGGAAUCUGAUCAAGUCAAGAAGUCUUUCAGCCAGGAUCCUAUGUUGCUGUCAGGUACCCACGUGAUGGAAGGCUCUGGGAAAAUGGUGGUCACAGCUGUCGGUGUGAAUUCACAAACUGGCAUUAUCCUCACUUUACUUGGAGUCGGAGAGCACGACAAAGCAAAACAGACUGACAAGAACGCUAACGUGGGCGACAGUUCCCCUAAGAAUAAAGGAGGAAAAGAGAAAGUUGAUGAGGAACAAACAGAUGAAACUCUUGAAAGCGCCCCAAAACCUACUGUGCACAAAAAAGAAAAAUCUGUCCUACAGGCAAAACUUACCCGAUUGGCCGUGCAAAUUGGCAAAGCAGGGCUGGCAAUGUCUGUAAUCACCGUUGCUGUUCUUGUAAGCUUUUUUUUCAUUCAAACAUUUGUGAUCGAGCAGCGCACCUGGACUGCUGAAUGUGCGCCCGUGUAUAUACAAUAUGUAGUGAAGUUCUUUAUCAUUGGCAUUACGAUCCUGGUGGUAGCUGUGCCCGAGGGGCUUCCGCUUGCGGUGACCAUCUCCCUAGCCUAUUCUGUGAAGCAAAUGAUGAAAGAUAAUAACCUAGUGAGGCAUUUGGAUGCCUGUGAGACGAUGGGUAAUGCAACAGCCAUUUGCUCGGAUAAAACCGGAACCUUAACAAUGAACAGAAUGACCGUGGUUCAAAUCUUUAUUGGGGGUAUUCAUUAUAAAAUUGUUCCUGCCCCUCAUUUAAUUCAUCCAACUAUGUUGGCUUACCUGCUUAAGGGCAUUUCUGUAAACUCUGCUUAUACUUCCAAGAUACUGAUUCCUGAGCGAGAAGGAGCCCUGCCCCGUCAUAUUGGCAAUAAAACUGAAUGUGCUUUACUGGGCUUGCUUAUAGAAUUAAAACUAGAUUAUGAGACCAUGAGGACUAAGAUACCAGAAGAGAAACUGUAUAAAGUGUAUACCUUCAAUUCCGACAGGAAAUCUAUGAGCACAGUUUUGAAAAAUGCUGAUGGUAGUUAUCAGCUCUUCAGCAAAGGUGCUUCUGAAAUACUCCUUCAAAAAUGCUCCAAAAUAUUGAACUCUUCUGCAGAACGUGAACCUUUUUCCAGAAGGGACAGGGAAAAUGUGAUAAAAAAUGUGAUUGCCCCAAUGGCCUCUGAGGGACUCCGAACCAUCUGCAUUGCUUUCAGAGAUUUCCCAGGUGGCUUGGAUUCCAAAGAACCAGAAUGGGAUGAUGAGGAUAAUAUCAUUAAGGAUUUAACCUGCAUUGCAAUUGUGGGUAUUGAAGAUCCAGUGAGACCUGAAGUUCCGGACGCAAUAAGGAAAUGUCAGAACGCUGGCAUCAUUGUCCGUAUGGUCACUGGGGACAAUAUUAACACAGCUCGCGCAAUAGCAGCCAAAUGUGGAAUUCUGCAGCCUGGGGAAACCUGUGUAUGUUUAGAGGGCAGUGAUUUUAAUAGAUUAAUUCGUGGUCCAGAUGGGAAUAUCAGACAAGAACUGAUGGACAGGAUCUGGCCUACGCUGUGCGUGCUUGCAAGAUCCUCCCCAGCCGACAAGUAUAACUUGGUAGAAGGGAUCAUCAACAGCAAUAUCACAGAACAAAGACAAGUGGUAGCGGUCACUGGGGACGGUACUAAUGACGGGCCAGCAUUAAAAAAGGCUGAUGUUGGCUUUGCCAUGGGAAUUGCUGGAACAGAUGUAGCUAAAGAAGCUUCUGAUAUCAUUCUUACUGAUGACAAUUUUUCAAGCAUUGUAAAAGCAGUGAUGUGGGGCAGGAACGUGUAUGACAGCAUUUCCAAAUUUCUUCAGUUUCAGCUUACGGUCAAUGUAGUAGCUGUCGUAGUUGCUUUUACAGGAGCAUGCAUCACCCAAAAUUCCCCGCUGAAGGCAGUCCAGAUGUUGUGGGUCAAUCUCAUUAUGGAUACCUUUGCUUCUCUUGCAUUAGCCACAGAAAAGCCAACAGAAGCUUUGCUGAAACGGAAGCCUUACGGUAGAAAUAAACCACUCAUCUCCCGUAUAAUGAUGAAAAAUAUUUUAUUUCAUGCCACUUAUCAGCUUACUGUUGUCUUUGCACUACUUUUUGUAGGAGAAAGAUUCCUUGAUAUUGAAAAUGGACGACUUGCAACAUUGCAAUCCCCACCCACCCAGCAUUACACUGUUGUAUUUAACACAUUUGUAAUGAUGCAGAUUUUUAAUGAAAUCAAUGCACGAAAGAUCCACGGAGAACGGAAUGUUUUUUCAGGAAUAUUCCAAAAUGGCAUUUUUUGCUGUGUCACUCUAGGAACCCUGGUUGUACAGAUUAUCAUUGUUGAGUUUGGAGGGAAGCCCUUUAGCUGCACAGCACUUACACUAGAGCAAUGGCUGUGGUCAGUCUUUUUUGGCCUGGGGACAUUGCUAUGGGGACAAUUAAUCAUUAGUAUUCCUACCAGGUAUCUGUGGUGCCUGAAGGAAGUUGGAGAGAAACCACUCAAAGAGGAGAUUAUAGCAGGAGAACAAACUGAAGUGAUUGACUUUGGCGAACAGGAACUGCGUCACAGCCAGAUUUUGUGGUGCAGGGGCUUAAGCAGGAUACAGGCUCAGUGCAGAGUAGUGAAUGCCUUUCGCUACCCUUUGUAUAAAGAUCCACACUCAGCAAUGAGCAGUAAAACUAUCUGA